AUGGCUUUCCUGGAGAGUGGAAACCACACUACAGUGACAGAGUUCAUUUUACUGGGUUUAACUGAUGACCCAGUUCUUAAAGUUAUCUUUUUCACCAUCAUCCUGUGCAUCUACCUGGUGAUUGUGUCUGGGAACCUCAGCACCAUCCUUCUCAUCAGAGUCUCUACCCAACUCCAUCACCCCAUGUAUUUUUUUCUCAGCCACUUGGCUUCUAUUGACAUAGGUACAUCAUCUUCUGUCACACCCAAUAUACUUAUCAAUUUCCUAGUGGAGAGAUACACAAUCUCCUACAUUGGAUGUGGCAUCCAAUUUGGCUCAGCUGCUUUCUUUGGGUCAGCUGAAUGUUUCCUUCUGGGUACCAUGGCUUAUGAUCGCUUUUUGGCAAUCUGCAACCCAGUGCUUUAUUCAACAAAAAUGUCUGCACAAGUCUGUCUUCAUUUGCUUGCAGGAUCUUAUAUAGGGAGUUUCCUUAAUGCUUCCCUCAUUACUGGUUAUGUUUUCUCUUUUCUCUUUUGUGGACCCAAUACAGUCAAUCACUUUUACUGUGACCUUGCUCCUUUGAUGGCACUCUCCUGUUCUGAUGUCUCUGGAGUUGUUAUCUCACUUUCUGCAGGUUCAGUCACUAUUACCACACUAUUUAUUAUAGCCAUCGCCUAUUUCUAUAUCCUUAUCACCAUCCUAAAGAUGCGCUCCACUGAGGGCCACCAAAAAGCUUUCUCCAUCUGCACCUCCCACCUCACUGCAGUCACUCUCUACUAUGGAACUGUCGAAUUCAUUUAUGUGAUGCCCAACUCCAGAUACUCCACAGUCCAGAACAAGGUGAUGUCUAUGUUUUACAUGGUAGUUGUCCCCAUGUUGAACCCCCUCAUCUACAGCCUUAGGAGUAAUGAGAUUAAAUGUGCUUUGAAGAGACAGUUUAGUAAAAAACCAUUUUCUUAA